CAUAUUGGCGCUUUGAUUCCCUUGGAUUGUGUGGUGCUUUUAUGCUCCGAAAUUGAUUUGAUCUUUCACAGAUUGUAUUUGCAGCUUAUCUUGUCUUCUCCAACAUCAAUUGGCGAGUCUUUUUGGGACGACUAGAUGAGUGUUUUAAGAUGGAAUUGCAGAGGCUUUGGCAAUGCCUUGACAAGGACAUCUCUUCUCGCAGUUGUAAAUAGUAGGGCUCCUAUGCUUUUAUUUUUGUGUGAAACUAAAUGCAGUCAUAGGAAGGUUCGGAAUCAAGUUCGCCAUUUUGGAUUUUCAGAUUGUGUUUUAGUCAGGUUGUUAAUACUUCUAGGUGUCGUUUGGAAGUUGCAUAUGUUAAAUCUUUGUAUUGUUAUGAAUCACUAUGAUAUAAAUGCAUGCAUUGAUACAAUAGAUGUAUUUUGAAAUUACAUUGUUUGGUUGUUGAGAUUAUAAUUUAUGAAUUGAUUAUUAUAAAGUUACUUUAUAAGGAAAUGUCAUAUUUGUCCUCCACUUUUAAUAUAAAACAAAAAGAACUAUGGUCAUAAUUGGAAAAGGUAAAGGUGCUCAAUUAUUAACCCAACAAUCACAACAAUCUCAACUUUUAGUUGAAAUUGUACAAUCCCUCAAUUUUGUUGAUUGUUGAUGGGACCCACACAAAACAAUAUAUGCAUUGUUUUGCAACUUGACACUUCCAAAUGUUGUAUUGUGGACAAUACAUGUAUUUAACAAAUACAGCACUAACAAUCGCAACUUCCAAACGACCCCCUAGUGGAAUGGCAAUAGCAUAGACUAAUGAGGUUUUAUGCGUUGUUCCUGUACAAUCUCAGUCCUUUCUUAUUGUUGAAUGCUCACAUCCUGUAUUUGGUUCUCUUAAGUUUAUCUGUGUACAGUUGAAUGAAAUUUCAGUUUUGGUUUCCUCUUCCUCUUCUCCAAUGUUUGUAUUAGGCGAUUUCAAUUGUUUGUUGUCUAUUUAAGAGAAACAGGGCGGUCCCUUUCCCUUGCCAGCUUCUCUUGCACAAUUGCAGAAUUUUCUUACGAAUUCCUCCCUACAAGACAUCGGCUUCCAGGGGCCGCCUUUUACUUGGUCAAACCGUCGUUCUCCAAAUGAGCAUGUUUUGGAGAGGCUUGACAGGUGUGUAUGCUCGCCUCUGGAAUUCACAUCGUGGCCUGGCAUGCAAGUCCUCCACCUCGCCGAUUUAGGCUUGGAUCAUCGAAUGAUUCUUAUCCAGUUCCAGCCUUCUGCUAUUAGGACUAAAUCAAAUUUCUAUUUAGAUGGGUGAUGGAUUGAUAAUCAAGAAGCCAUAGACAUUAUUCAUGAUCAAUGGUUACACCUUAUAGAUGGCUCCUCCCGAUUUUAGCUUUUUAAUCUCUUGAAAAAUUCCAGACACAGGUUGUAUGGUUGGGCUGCUACUGCUCCAACUCUGCACGUACCAUUCGGGAAUUGCAGCAUGCUAUAUCUACCAAACAUCAUAAAUCUCAGGUGAAUUGGUCAAUCAUUCCUGUACUUGAACUUCAAUUAUCUGCCGCAUACUUGCAGGAAGAGAUCUAUUGGCAACAAAAAUUCCAAAAUCAAUGGCUAAUUGGAGGCGCCUCCAACACUCGAUUCUUUCACCUAAUACUUUACAUAAGAGCCGAAAGAAUCGAAUCCUGGCUUUACGUGAUGAUCAAGGAUCCUUACACACUGGAGAAGAUGCCAAAGGUCAUGUAGUUGUUGUUUAUUUCAAGAAUUUGGGUACUUCUGAAUCUCCUGAUGUCCGUUCCUUUUGUGGCUGAUUUGAGACUCAUUGCUCUUGUUACCCCUUCCAUGAAUGUUGCAUUAGCCUUAAUGCCUUCUCGGGAAGAGAUUCAAACUGUGGUGUUUAGCAUUGGUGGAUUUCAAGCACCUAGCUCUGAUGGCUUCACCGACAUCUUCUUUCAGGCAUUUUGGGGUGUCGUUGGUGAUUCAGUUAUGGUUGCAGUUCUGGAAUUUUUUUCAAAUUGGUCAUUUGUUGCACAACUUUAAUCAUACUUGGCUAACUCUCCUUCCAAGGGUUGAUAAUGCAGAAACGAUGCGUCAAAUUAGGCCAAUCGGUCUCUGCAAAGUCCCCUAUUAGAUUAUAGCUCGUGUUUUGAUGCUUCGUCUUCGAGACAUUCUUCCUCAGGUGGUGGGUCCUUACCAAAAUGGGUUUGUCUAAGGGCAUUUAAUCUCCGAUAAUAUUCUAUAGGGACAGGAGGUCAUGCAUUUCUUGAAGACUAAGACUCAAGGUCAAGACAAAUGGAUGGCAUUAAAGUUAGACAUGGAGAAAGCUUACGAUCGGGCUGAGUGGAACUUCCUUUUCCAGGUUCUUAGUCGCUUGGGUUUCUGUGACCAAUGGCUUCGCUGGAUGCGUGCUUGUGUUUCUUCCGUUUCCUUUUAGGUUCUAAUUAAUGGCUCUCCUCUUUUAUUUGCUUUAUAUACUGAAGCCUUUUCAUCUUGCAUCAACUCUGCAGUUUCUGACAAUUUGCUUCAUGCGCUUAGGAUUCAUCGGCGUUGUCCAGCUAUCUCCCAUAUGUUUUCUGCUGAUGAUUGUUAUCUUUUUCUCUGUGCUUCCAUCUUGGAAUGUCAUAAUCUUCUUAAUUUACUGUCUACUUUUCAGUUGAUGAGUGGCCAAAUGGUGAAUCUUUAGAAGUCUAUGGUCUCAUUCAGUACUAAUGUUACUGUAGCAAAAGCAGAUGCUAUUAUGUCUCUUUUUUGAGUUUCAGAAGGUGGUGUUCAUGGCCUGCUUUAUGUCGACAUAAGUUGGAUGGGGGGCUAGGUUUCCGCGACUUCAAUAGCAACAACAUUGCUCUUCUUGAAAAACAAGCUUGGAGAAUUCGUACAAGGGUCGAUAUUUUCCCAACUCAUCUUUUCUCCUCGCUUCUCUUGGAUCUCAUCUGUAUUGGGCAUGGCGAGGUAUUCUUGAGGUUAGAAAUUUGCUGCUCAGUGGUAUUCGUUGGCAAAUAGGAUCCGAAAAUUUGGUACAUAUAACUGAUGUAGUAUGGCUGCCGACUUCACCUCUUUCUCGUCCUACACCCCUUCCCAAAGUUGUACUAUCCUCUCCAAUGGUAUCUUCCUUAAUCGAUCAUGCUUCUGGGUCUUGGAUUUGCCCUCUUCUCCAUUCCUUGUUUGAUGACUCCACCAUGAAGAUUAUUUAUUCAAUUCCUCUUCCACUCUUUCCGGUUGCUGACCGUAUUGUUUGGCACUAUGAAUCUUCAGGUGAGUAUUCUGUGAAAUCCAGAUAUAUGCUUGCUUCUGCUGAUUUUUUUUGGGAUUCCUCUACAAUCCCUUUUUAUUUUGUGUGUAAAAACGAACUGAAUUAUAAUUCGGUUUAAACCAACCGAACUGAAUUAUAAUUCAGUUCAAAUUCGGUUUGAGGUUUGGGAGAACUCAGGGACCCAAUAUUUAUAAUUUCGGUUCGGUCGAAAUCGAACCGGCUGAAUGCCCACCCCUAUCGAUGGUUCCACAACAGGUUGACCAACUUCCCUUUCUUCUUUCUGUUUUAUGAAUUAAGUUGGGACAGUCUUUUGGUAAUUGUUUCAAGUUUAGUAUUCCCUUUAGUCUUUUUGUUUUAGUCCAGUAGGAUGCAUGUGGGUUCUAUAACCAGUAUAAUGAUUUCGUUUUCAGUUAGGACUUCUUUGGUAAUUGUUUCAAGGUUUUGACAAUAAGCUUUCACUGAUUUUGGUUCUGUUCUUGGGUCAUAAGGGAAUGCAUAAAAUGGCUUUUGUUCUACUAACACACUUGUAGUUCGGAUGUUAGUGAAAGCAAUCUAGCAGAAGGUGAUUUUGACCGAUGACUUUGAUUUUUUGGGUUCUUGGCAAUCUUGUAGGAGGUGAUUUUUUUCGUUGACUUUGAUUUUUUGGGUGCUUGAGUAGUUGCUAUCUUCUCGCAGUUCUAGUUUUGCCUUUUAAUUAUGAAACCAUAUGACUAGUUCAUUGCCUAGUAUUGCUUUACUAUCUACUUAGUUGGUGUUGCUUGGUUCUGUAGCUUUUGGAUUCGUAUCCUUAGUGAUUUAAUUUCUAUCAUAUUUUUGCUUCGGACAUAUUUUAUUGUUAGAUUUGCAGGGUUGGUGCUUUGCGGUCAUCUGAUAGCCGCAGGGGCUGGGUCCUUGACUCCGCCCUGCAAAGGGUGGAAAUUAUGUUAAGGACUUAGUCUUUGCCGAAUAGGUAUUAAAGAGCUUCCCAUAUUGUGGAAAGAAUGCUCUCUUAUCGUUGGUCGGUGGUUGGUCGGCCGACGUCCCUUCUUUUAGUUUCAGCCUGAAAAGAAUUUAUUUUUGUACACUAUAUCUGUUGUUUCCCUUUUGGGGAAUAUCUAUGGCAAAAAAAAAACCAGGAAUAGCCACAAAAAAUACGAGUAGAGGGGCUCUUUAGAGGUGACUCGCACGAAACUACACCACAAAUUGAUCCCACCUACAGCCCAAGUUUUUAAAGUCUAGCUAGGCGCAGUAUAGAGCAAGUAUUUAAAUUGUCAACCCGGGCCGAUCCAUGUACCCCUACUUCAAUCUCUUAAGUUGUUAUCUAGCAAAACGGUUUUGGAUUUUCAAACUAAGAAAACUACAAACUAAACAAGCAAGGAAAAGUAAAUAAAGGAAAAUUCUAACUAAGGGAGCUUCACCUAGGAGUUGCUUCCACCUAACUAGCUACCAAGACUCGUUGGAUCGGAACGAUUGUUAUGGGCAAGGUGACCACGAACCGCAAAGUGAUGCAAAUAUGGUCGUAGACCACACUCUUGAUUGCUAAAUCGAGGUAUACAUUAUAGGCCGUGUCACUCUGCCCUCUCGGUUUAGGCAAUCGGUAGCUGACUUACUCCCUCACUCAACUCAAGGGUUGGUCGGCUUAAUGGCGCUUAACCAAUUUUCUUAAUUCAACAUUGAGGUUUGCCCUAAAUUAACCUUAGUUAGGUUGCUUAAAAAGCUGAAGGAAAACCAACUCGAUUGAGUCUCCCUUGAAAGGGGGAUUUUCCUCUCUAAUCUAGGUUAAAGUGGCUAAUUAGAUUGCUAAGCACCAACAUGCACAAACCUAAGGAUGCUAAGCACGAUCAUGCACAAUCCUUAGGUUGCUAAGCACAAGCAUGCACAAUCAACAGGAACAAUACCUCGAUCAUUGAAUUUAACAAUACCCAAUGACAAUCAUUCAAUCUAAAUAAAUAAUUACAAAAUAU